CUUUUCGAACGGACGAUGGUUUUGGUAACUGCAAGGAUGAGGCGUGGGUUCUCGGUUCAACUUUACUCAAUUCUCGGUAUAAAGCUUUCCAACUGGUGUCUGAUGAGCAGGCUUUGGACGAGGUCACCCGACCUCCUGACAUCCGCGUCCGCGUCGUGGAAGCACCAUGGAUCCCGAUCAUGACUUCCCUCCCAUCCCCACUGGACAGUCCUCCCAGUCUCAGGCACACCCUUCUCAACCCGAAGUCCAAAAUCCCUCACCGUCCGUGGAACCUGAACGUGUAGACAGAGCAGUUAGUCCGCACAGUCAAUUGGCGGCCACUGAGAAGCCCCCCCUUGGUAGUUCGGAGUCAGAGGGAGAUCGUCCGCAGAGUCAGGAUUUUGUGGCGUCUGAGAAGCCCCUCAUUGGCAGUUCAGAGGGACAAUCACCAGGACGGACACCGGCUUAUGGUCGUUAUCCAGAAUUUGACAUUUCUCAACCUCCUCCGGUUGCAAGAAAUGGCCUGAGGGACGGACAUAUCAAGCGUGGACCGUCGCGUCGCUCAGCUACGGGCCAUGUUCGUCCCACUGGAUCGGGCAUAGGCUGGAUAGUGCCCGAAAUUGAAGAUAAACCUCAUCGGCACACGAUCGGAUUUCGGCUCGCCCCAACCAUUGCUAAUGCGAAGAUUGAGAGGGAGCGAUACGCCGCAAAAGCACGAGUUACAGGCCUUGCAUUGAACAUUGCGAUAGGGUUGCAAGUAGCCCUUGGGGCACUCACUACCGGUAUUUCGGCAUCUUUAACGGGUAAACAGGUUUCGAUUGGCAUAUCUAUUCUUGGCGGCAUGACUACAUUAGUCGCUUCCUAUCUCGCUCGUACACGGGGAUCAAAUGAACCAGAACUAUCCAUAACUCGUGUUAAGGACCUGGAUCAUUUCUUGAGAGACUGUUCAGCUUUUGAUAUGGACAAGGGGCACGAGUAUGGGACACCUGAGCUGGAUGCUCAGUUAGACCAUCUUAGAAAAAGGUUUGAAGAACUUCUCGGAAAUGCUGAUGGGCAGCGAAAACUUUCCCCGCCAGUGUGAAUACAAUUGUUCUAGGUUCCUAUAACACACAUUCUACGAGGUCUCCCACCAAUCAUUUUGUCCAAUACCAAUCUCCGAGUGAUUAUCACUUCACUUUAGCGGUUCUCUCAUGAUACAUACUACAUUCUUCUAGAUACGAUACGAUUGUAAGUUAUCACUUGUUCGAUAAUACACCAAUUGUUCCGGUAUACGAUUUCUCAAAGUUUGGAUGAUGCUAGACCACUGCCUUUGUGAUGUAAACAAUAUUUGGUUUUCUCGAAGGAGCGAGGGACCACAAGCGCCGUUAAAGGGGCAACCACUUUUCCUAAUUGAUACACGAGUCAUUGUCUGCUUAACAUGUGGAGAGUGAUGCCUUAUUUUUAUCGGAUCCUACCAUGUGAACAAA